CCGCUUCUCCCGCGUCCGCCAUUUUGUUGCUGUGGCUGUUGGGAACGGGCUGGGCAAAACCGCCCCGGAGGCGCGACGCUCUUGGGAGUCCGGUGCUUCGUGUGGCGGCGGGGGUCCUUGCAGAGCCGUGGGGGGCGCGGAGUCGGCGCGUUCCGGGCCAGGAGUGACUGGAAGCACCCCCGGUACGCCGGGCAGCCCGAGAACCCCGGGGCGGCCUCCGCUGCGGCUCGGCUUCUCCCGCCCCGACCUCGGGCUGUGCCCUGCAUUCCCCGGGCCGGCUCCCUCCGUGAGGCGGCCCCGGAGCAGGCGGGCGGCGGCGGAGGAUGCUGCGGGCCCGGAGCCGAGAGGAAGGUGCUGGCUCGGCCCUCUAAGCGCGCCUCGAGGUGUGCCAAGAGGCCCUUCCUUGGCCGCAAAGCCGUCUGUCGGGCAAAGGCGUCCAGAACAGACGAGAGCAGCCGCCGCCCCGACCCGCCGCAGAGCCCCGGUCCGACACGAUGUCCUCCGCCAGGUUUGACUCCUCAGACCGCUCCGCAUGGUACAUGGGGCCGGUGUCUCGCCAGGAGGCGCAGACCCGGCUCCAAGGCCAGCGCCACGGUAUGUUCCUAGUUCGCGAUUCCUCCACCUGCCCCGGGGAUUAUGUGCUGUCUGUGUCCGAGAACUCGCGGGUCUCCCACUACAUCAUCAACUCGCUGCCCAACCGCCGUUUUAAGAUCGGGGACCAGGAGUUUGACCACUUGCCGGCUCUGCUGGAGUUCUACAAGAUUCACUACCUGGACACCACCACCCUAAUCGAGCCCGCGCCCAGGUACCCAAGCCCACCAAUGGGAUCUGUAUCAGCACCCAACCUGCCUACAGCAGAAGAAAAUCUGGAAUAUGUACGGACUCUCUAUGAUUUUCCUGGGAAUGAUGCUGAAGACCUGCCCUUUAAAAAGGGUGAGAUCCUGGUCAUAAUAGAGAAGCCGGAAGAACAGUGGUGGAGCGCCCGGAACAAGGAUGGCCGGAUUGGGAUGAUUCCCGUUCCUUACGUUGAAAAGCUUGUGAGAUCCUCACCACAUGGAAAGCAUGGGAAUAGGAAUUCCAACAGUUACGGGAUCCCAGAACCUGCUCAUGCCUAUGCUCAACCUCAGACCACAACUCCUCUACCUGCAGUUUCCAGUACUCCUGGGGCAGCGAUCAACCCUUUGCCAUCCACACAGAAUGGACCUGUCUUUGCCAAAGCCAUCCAGAAAAGAGUACCCUGUGCUUAUGACAAGACUGCUUUGGCAUUAGAGGUUGGUGACAUUGUGAAAGUCACAAGGAUGAAUAUAAAUGGCCAGUGGGAAGGCGAAGUGAAUGGGCGCAAAGGGCUUUUCCCCUUUACGCAUGUCAAAAUCAUUGACCCUCAAAACCCUGAUGAAAACGAGUGAUUGCUGUUGCCUGUUUCCUGCUGCUUCCUUGUUCUGCCUGUCAUAGUCUCCUUUGAAGUGGGAAAGCAUUCUCUCUCCUAGGCAGGUAACACUGCAUUGCCGAUGGUCAGCUUUCUGCAGAGUGGCGGUCUCUCAUACACAUUGGAAUGCACACAGCAGCUGCCUGGGCAUUUGUAUCAUAGUCGUAUUGUCAAAGAGUAGCAAAGUUUAGAGUUCUUUUGGAUCAUAAACUGGAAAUACUGGUGGAAGCACACAAGUGGAGAGAAGUUGACGAGGAAAGGGUCUGUCUUCUCAUCACUGCCCUGUUUGUACUUGUGACUGAUUCUGUCAUGUUCAUCAGAUGGAGCUUGAGGCCAUGGUGAGACAUUGCACGUUGCUGUUCCAUAAAGCAGUGGCUCAGUCGCCGUUUUGUUCUUCCUUUGAAGAACAGAGCAAAUGAACUGUAAAGAAGAGGGAAUUCUGUUCUAAACUCCCCAAAUCUGGCUCUUCUUUUUUCCUUUUUGGUUUGGUUUUGGAAGACUUAAUUAGACUUGUGUGUUCUGAACAGGUUUUUAAGUAGCAGGUUGGAUUUUUGUGAUAAUUGUAAGGAAUGACACAUGCCUCUGAGCUUCCAAACUGACGCUGCUGUAACUAAAGGAAUAUGGGGGGGGGGAACCACCACCACCCUGAAGCAGAGGCUUUUAUUGUCUUGGUUGCCAGUUGUACCUGUUUUGCCAUAUAGCAAACAGCCCACAAAAAAAUCAGUCAUAGUGUGCCAAGCUUGUGUGCGUGGCCUCUUGGAUUACAUUGUCCCCAAAAAGCAUCGGGCGGGGGGGUGAUUUGGGGAAGGCUUUGCUUACCUUGUUUGCCAGUGAUGACAGGAGCAAUGGGGGGAAGCACUUGGCCAGUUUUCUGUCCAGUGUUUCAGUGAAUGUACCCCUUUAAGGUAUAGGAAUUUAAGUUUCUUUAAAAAGAGAAGUUGUUCAUAGAAUCAUUGAAUUCAUUAAUGAAUCUUUAAAUCCUACUCACUGAGGCCCACUCCUCGCUGCCGAAGCCCAAGCUCACAGUCCGCCAGAGAAAGAUGGUGCUGUUCAUACUGGUUCCCCAGGCUCUGUGUCUGUGACACUCCCAGGCAAAGAAAAUGCAAGCUCUGGAAAUUGGUUCAUGCAUUUGAUGUCUAAGAUUUUAGUGACUAGGGAGAACCAUUAACCAUUUAGCAAUUUGAUGUUAACAUUUCCUUGUUAGCUAAAAGAGGGCUAUUCAUACAAGCCACCUUGGUACAAAGGUGUGGCUGAUCCCUCAUCUGGUGCACAUAGCAGUCUAGGAUUCUGGAACCUUUAUGCAGUUCAGGCUGCUCUCCCUUCUGGAUACUGGUGAAGACAGGCCUCUGCUCAGAAUGAAUACAGCAGACCUAGAAAUGUAGCAGCCACCUAAUGACUGAUUGCAUCAUUUGCUGAGCGGCUGCUUUAGCCACGACCCUGUCUCCCAAGCGUCUUGGGUUUUGAGUU